AUGACCUGCAUGGACUCGAGUUACGCCAUGAAGUCUGUGUCGUCGUGCACGCACUCUAUCGUCCUGGCCUCGGGGACUCUGAGUCCGAUGUCGUCGUACGAAAAGGAAUUGGGCGUCUUCUUUACUCACAAGGUGUCCGCCAAGGAACACGUCGUGUCCAAGCGUCACUUCUUUGUCCGAAGGAUCUCGCAUUCGCUCAAGGGUGACAAAGAGUUUUACAUGAAUUACAGCGCAUGCCAGAACGAAGAGCUACUCAAGGCCGUAGGUUCCGUCGUCUACGAGUCGACCAAGAUCCUGAAGAAAAAUGUCGGCGAAACAAAGGCUGGCGUCCUGUGCUUCUUCCCUUCUUACAAGCUACUUCAGACCUGUCCAGACGUGUGGCGCAAAGUGCCUCUAUGGCCCAAGUUGGUCAAGGUGGUCGGCGGGCAUCUGUUUCUGGAAGAUUCUGAAAACUCGGACCUCUUGUUCCAUAGGUACAAGACUGCGUUGAUUGACGGAGAGCCCGGCACGGUGGCCCUGUUUCUAGUCGUGCACAGAGGCAAAAUGAGUGAAGGCGUCGACUUCUCCGAUUCGCUGGCUCGACUCGUCGUAUCCGUGGGGUUACCCUAUCCGUCGUAUCACAGUCCGGACGUAAAGGUCAAGGUCGAGUUUAACCGCAGCAGGGGCGGAGACGGGGACGAAUGGUAUAAAACGCAGGCGAUGCGAGCGCUUAACCAGUCCGUGGGACGCUGCAAACCGAUCGAAGAGCUCGUCGAGGUCAUGAAGUCUCUCGCGGCUCGACACGUAGAGUACAAACGGGUCUACUUUUCUCGAAAUUGUCCCUGUAAACGGAACCGCCCAGAGCAGCAAGACGAUGAACAAGACCGAUGUUAUCUAUUUGACCUCAACGAGUACGCCGAGUGCCAGGAAACGGCAUCCGUCCUCGAACUACACUCGAUCCUCGGCUACUGCGAUUCGGACGACUGCCGCUGCAAAACGGACGAACUCCUGUACAGCAAACACCUGUUGUACAAACAAAAGCGCUGUCACUUUUGGUUCAUAGAACUCGUGUUGGAAUUUCCCGUACGCGAGCACGUUCUGAAUCUGGAAUACACCAGAUUGUAG